UAAGAUAUAAAGAAAUUUCAUAGCCUUUGAAAAUUCAUAUGAAGUCAGAAACAAAUAUAAUGAUAUUUUCCUUGUUAUAACCAUCGUUUAAUGUCCACUGAAAUCACCUCAACGUUUGAACCUAAAUUAAGUGAAAUGGAAACAAAACCAGAAACCAAGAACUGGUUUUCAAUUGUCUCUAUAAAAGUUCUGUCCCUGUUUUCACUCUUUCACCCACAAUUUAUUCAAGCAAAAACACUACUAUUAGAUAAAGGAAAAGAAUAAGAUAUUUUGAUUGUGAAUUAGUUUAUUAUUAAUUUGAAACUUUUUGGUUGGAAUGGGUGGGAGGGGAAGAUUCAGAGAAACUACACAAUCAUCCCUACACGAGUCUUUGUUUUCUCCGACAAUAUCUUUUCAAUUUAAUGUUCUUUAUAAUCAUUUCUUAAAUGCUGAUUAAUCUUAUUUGAAAAUUCUUUUGUUGAUGCUCAAUAUUGAAGAAAGCAGAGCCAAAGGAUUUUAGUCCGUUGAUUCUGAUCUGGGUUUUCCUUUUUUAGGCCAUUUUGUGCCGUAUUUCAAGAUUUCCAAUGGGGGAUUCGAUGAAUGGUCAACUUUGAAAACUUGGCUAUAAGUUGGAUAAAGUCAUGGAACGAGAAGAGCGAUUUGGUCAUGGGGAAGAAGAUGAUAGAAUAAACUCUGGGGCAAAUCGCCGCAUGGAAUCGCGGAUGUACCAAGGUAGGCAUUUUCCGCCUAUGGUGAGACAAAAAGCAUAUAUAUUUGAUGGAGUGGGGGGUUACUAUAUUAAGGAAUGGGACCUUACAGAAGGCAUAGGCAAUGAAUUUUGUUGGUACCAUGUUGAACUUUCAAAAGUAAACCAGAAGCUUACUCAAUCUGCACAAUACCUUAUAAAUGUCCUUUGCCCGCCUUUGAAGCUUCAAGACAUUCUUUCACUUGUCAGCAAUGGACCAUUUUGUGGCCAUGUUGACGGGGCACUUGUGUUUAGGGUUAAUUCACAUGGUCCUGCCUCUAGUGAUUUCACAUUCAGAAUUGCUGCUAGAGUUACGCAGAAUUCAGUCAUUACUGUGUCGUUGGGUCGUGUUCCUAGGCUGGGUUUCUCGCCUACUGGCCAUACUCUUCUUUCUGAGAUUCCUAGUGUGGAAAGUCCCUCAAGUAAUAUAGAUGAGCCAAAGGAAGGAAGUGGGAUUGUAAUAAAGGAGCAUGUCCUUGAAUUCUUGUUAACAAUGAAUCAUUCUGAGGAAGCUGAUAAUCCAGUUCCAAGAUCUGUCUCGAAUCUUCUUGUUCACAUCGUUGAUACACACAUUGAUCACCUUCAAGAUGUUGUGACUAAAACGGAGAUUGAGCUGGAUUCUAUGGAGCUUGAAUUGGAUAAAGGUGGUUUUGCUUUAAAGAAAAAAAUGCUGGAUGACAGAAGACUUCCCAAAAUGCUUCUUAAUUUGCAGCGCCUCCUGCAGGUGAUUGCACAUGGGGAGCAAGUAUUUCCACGGGUCAAAGAAAAGUGUGCAUCAAAAGAUUGGUUUGCUCCUGAAGAUGUUAAUGCCCUAGAAGAGUUAGUUAGCCAGCUUAGGAGAUUAAAAGAUAAUGUGGGUUUUAUAGUAAAUCGUGUCACAACAAUUCAAGCUGGUCUGGAUAGUUGGCAGUCUGAACAAAUAAACAGAAAGUUGUACUAUCUAUCGUUUCUUUCAAUAGCAUUCCUUCCUUUAUCCAUUAUCACCGGAGUGUUUGGAAUGAAUGUGGGAGGAGUUCCAUGGACGGGGCAGAGAGACCCAGAGCUCAAAGAUGGUUUCCGCAAUGUCAUGUUUCUAUGUCUAGCAAUGCUUCUUUUGGUUCUACUAUGCUUCAUUUUCCCAUAUCUUUAUACUCGAAUCCUUGCUUGGCAGAGGUUGAGGGCUAUGAGAAGAAGUUGGUCUUUCAACAGGAAAUCAUUCCUUAAGAGGUCCGUCGGGGUUCAAGUUCAAGAAAGGGGAGGAUACCUCAGAAUCUGAAAAUAGAAAGGAAAUGUAUAAUAUCAUUGUCGUACAUGUCCUUUCAAACUUUCUUCAUUUCGCAUUUGCAGAAUAGGUAUCUACGAUUCUUUUUCACCUCAAAUUCUCGCUUUAUACCAGAAAAUUACCAUCUUGCUUCCCGAACAAAUUUGGUUUUUCCUGGUUCUUGACUGAGUUACAGAGAGGAGGUGAAGUUAUUAUGUAGGAGGUUAGCAAAAUCUUGUCUGGAGUUGAAGUGGUUUGUAGAUUUUUUCUUCAAUUCUUUGAAUUUGUGGUAACAUUUUAACAGAUUGUACGGAUGUUAUGAACUUGUGCAUGUAAAAAAUUGUAUUUACAGAGUUGUAUUUUAGUGGCAACACUGGAAUGACCUUAUUAAUUUUUUGUCAUCUAAAAGAGUAAUAAGAUGACUAGCAAUUUGUUCCA